AUUACAUGUCCAGCGUCUCUCGACAUCGUGGUUGUGGAAGCGGAAAGAGUGUUGUGGGUCUCUGAUAUCGCGCGCGGUAAUCUCUCGAUUUCCGUUUUCACCGAUUUUUCGGGCGCUCAUCUGAAUUAAAGUUAUUUUUUCUUUGGAAAAGUUUUCUACAAAAUGGGAAAGAAAAAUUCCAAGCUAAAGCAGGACACUAUCGACAGAUUAACUACAGCGACUUACUUUACCGAGAAAGAAAUACGACAAUGGCACAAAGGAUUUUUAAAGGACUGUCCCAAUGGACUUCUGACGGAGCAGGGAUUCAUUAAAAUAUACAAACAGUUUUUUCCACAAGGAGAUCCAUCCAAAUUCGCCUCUUUAGUUUUUAGGGUAUUCGACGAAAACAAUGAUGGUUCCAUUGAAUUUGAGGAGUUCAUUAGAGCUCUUUCAGUAACGUCUAGAGGAAAUUUGGAUGAAAAGUUACAUUGGGCGUUCAGACUAUACGAUGUAGAUAACGAUGGAUUCAUUACAAGAGACGAAAUGUACAACAUCGUUGAUGCUAUAUAUCAGAUGGUGGGUCAACAACCAUCAGAAGACGAAAACACACCACAAAAACGAGUGGAUAAAAUAUUUGACCAGAUGGAUAAGAACCACGAUGAUCGAUUAACACUAGAAGAAUUCAGAGAGGGUAGUAAAGCUGAUCCUAGAAUAGUCCAGGCUCUCACUUUAGGCGGAGAAUAGCAUAAAGAAGACCAGGCAGGACCACCAGAUAAAAUGUGACCUGCAAACAGUUCGCCGACUAAUUAAUUUACGUGAAUGAGCAAGUUGAGAAAGCUACGCAGGAAAUAUAGAAUGGAUUACUAAUUAAUUAGGAAUUUGUAUUUAUUUUUAUAUAAACAUAUAUCGUUAAAUCUAAGGUAUAUACAAACUUUCACUUAGUGGUUUUAAAAAUAUGUAAUAAUCUUUAUUUAUGUUUGUUAAAUUCGUUCAAAUGUUAUUUUUGAUAUUGUGGUGAGUGUGUGCCAAUUAGAAAAAAUAAAUAAACUGUAUUCAAUAGUUGAAAUCAUACUAUGGCAUGAUACAUUUGAUAACGAUUUAUAUUUCAAAUUUUAUUAGAUAGAAACGUACUAAAUUAACCUUCCAUUAUUUGUUCAAGCAAGAAACUAAUAAUAUUUCAUAUUUGUUUUACUGUUGUUUAAAAAUGUGUCUCUAAAACCAUGAAUUUGAUACCAAAAAUUUAUAGAAGAGGUUCAAAUAAAUGUAAUACAAGCAUUUGAAAUUUUAUAUAGUUUUGAGGAUUAAAAAUGUACAUCCCUGUGCUUAGUGACAAUUUAAAUGAAACCAAAUUACGCUCAGAAAUCCCCAAAGAGAAAGCCCCAGAGAAAAGGUAUGCCUAGUUGUAAACAAUCCGUCAUUUUACACUUCAAUAAUUCAAAAAUCAAUUCACCAAUCUAUUAAUAACGAAGUCCUGGUUUACAUCGAUAAAACGUACAGAAAAAUUUCCAUUUUGAGUUCGGAGGAGCAUGUAAAAAUAAGAAAUUCUGUGAAAAACUCUCUUGAUCUCUUUCUAAUUUUUCGAAAUUGUUUCCCCAUUAUUUACUUAAUUAUUAUAUUAAUAUACUAGUUACAAUAAUAGAGAUACCACAAAAAUUUAAAACAUAUUUCAUUAAUUUCUUACACACAAAUGUGAUAGUCUAAUUGGAGUCAAAUUUCAAUCUAACUAUUACAAAGAUUGAUUUCGAAUGCUCUUCUGAUAAUAAAGAUAACGUAUUUAAUUUGUGUCCAAUGUGUUAGCACACAUGUAUAUAUGUAUGGAUUUGGGAUCUCGUAUACGCUUCGAACCAAAGGAUCUAUUGGGUCCCCAUUUCUUGCUACGUUACUGGAGACCCAGAGUUAACAGCGGAUCUAUCCAACCUCUGUGCAACAAAAUCUGAACGCCGUAUUAUCUGCUAGGUCUAGCGUCUUCAGAUGUUGAGGCGACAGUGCUCCUAUAGAACUCCUGAUAGUAUUGGUAGAUUGUGCUUACUUAGGUCGAUACAUUUAGCUUACUCUGGUUAUAGUUUUCCUGAAUAGUCUUUGCCUAUCUCAACCAUGCAGUAGGUUGUGCAAAUAAUUGAUUUUGCUCCUAUCUACCCUCUUCUCCAAUGCUUUUUCCAUUGUUCUGUAGUUGAUACCAUAGAAGAGUUCGGAACCCAUGAAGGGCUUGGCUAUCCCAGUUUUAGCGAGCCUAUCAGCUAUUUUAUUUCCCUUGGCUCUAGUGUGGAGCUUAAGCUCUAAUGCCUGACAAGACAAUGAUCUCUUGUUUGCGAUAGCUCCUCUCCAGAUUGAACUGAAUACAUUUUUCAAUUGUACAAAUUUCGGCUUAAGAAAUGCAUGUUGCGCUGCCCAGGAUUUCAAAGUGUUUGGUUCCAGUUCCAUCUACUGUUUUUGAUCCAUAUCCGUAUACCAUUUAAUGGCACUUUUGUUCAUUUCUUGUAUGGUGUUUUUAUCCUAUUUGCUUUUACAGCUUAUUAUUGAGAUGAAGUUUUUCUCGAAGCAACGUCCAAGGGUUGGUCAUUAUUUAGGAACGGGUUUUCUUUGAUAAUUCUGUCUCUAAACAUUUUAAGUUAUAUUUUCUCUGUCAUGUUUCCAAUACUACGUGGACUAAUCAAGUUAUUUUGUGAAGCAUGAUAGUUGUUAACCCAACGACAUCAAGUUGAGUGCAGAAGGUGCUUUAUCUAUGUUGUAGCUUAAAAAUCAUUCCUAAAACGUAAUCUUUGGGAAAUGUUGCUGUGAUUCGAGCAGAAAAGCUCUAACGUACUUCAUAGUGGUCAAAAUUGGUAGAUUCUAAGUGUUUCUAAAAAAGAACAACUUUUUUCGAGAAGCUUUGACAUACUUACCAGUAUAAAUCAGACCUCCGAAUUUUUAACGCUGGGGUGGAUUUAUACACAAGGAAGUGACGGACAAUAUAGAAUCCUUAAGAAAGCUGAAAUUAGAGAAAUCUUGAAUGAAGAGACUAUCACCAGAUUUAUAAAAUACUGUGGCUAGGACACAUAAAACGAAUGAAAAAUAAUAGUAAAGUUACAAAAAGUAAUAGGAUGGAAACCCUUAAGAGCGGCCCAAAGGAAGACCAAAAACACAAUGGGAAAGUCAAGUAACAAGUGAUCUGAACAAAAUGGGAAAAAAAUGGAGAAAAAUAGGGGGAAAAGCCAAAACAUACAAUGAACUUUAGUUUAAAAAAAGAAAAUGACUAGAACGUGGAUUGACUCACCACAAUAAAUGAGUCAAAGACCUCUUGAUUGAGCGGUUAUUAUUCCUAUUGGAAUGUACAACCGAAUAUAUAUUGCACCAUACUAUAUAUAGGAAUGUGAACGUUACGCCAUUAUCAAUAUUUCUGUAAAUUGUCAUUAUUGUGUUUUUUACUUGGUUCCAGUGUUAAUUCAUUGUUCAGAACAAAAAAUUUUCUGUUAACUGCGUGACACACAUUGUUUUUUACGUAUUAUUUCUAUUUGCGUUUUAAAAAUUUUGCAUCGUUUGGAAUUUACUAGACUAUAACUCACGAUCGAAUUUAGUUUAAUAUUUUUCCUUCGAAUUAGCCCAAAGAAUAUUUUGGAAAUACAUAAUGCAGGAACUUGUUCGAAUGGAACUCAAAAAAUGAACCAUGCCCAGAGAAAAUUUAAACGUUUCCAGAUAUCAAGUUCACUUAUUGUAUUCUAGACAAUUCUAGACAAACAGUUUUGUCCUUGAGAUGCAUAAUCUAGCUUCUUAAGUCAUUUAUAAUUUGAUACACCCGUACUCUUCUAACAAGUUAAAUGUAUCAUGCUAAAGUUUAUAUAGAACACAUAGGAAAACCAAAUUGAAACAAUUUAACAGAUUAACCAGUUAAAGGUUAAAUGUAGUAGUAUUAGUAAUAAUUUUACUGACUGCUUCCAACGUGAGAUUUGAUUAUGUUGUAGCUGACUUUAAUUGAAACGAUACUCAAACUGAUUUCCACUAACUGAAUUUGCACAAAAAAGCUUUUUUUAUCACGAGGCUUAACAAUUAUAAUAAGUUACAAAAGUCAAAUCUCAAAUAUUCUAUUACGGAACAGUAGUUUAUUUUCUAACAAUAAUAUUUAUCACAUAAAUAUGUUUCCUGUGUAGAUUUUUAAAUCCAGAGAACAGCUCAUUGUAUUAUGAAUAUUUUAUCAAUGUUUUCGUAAGUGUUGAUGUGGAAAAGUUUCAACUUUUUUUAUUAUUCAUAUAAGUAGUAAGAGAUUCAGAUAGUUUUUUGACUUCUUUCUCUGUGCAAUAGUGUAUUUAAGUCACUUUUUAUUGAUUCAAAAAUAGUUGAACAGAAAUUAUGAGCUAAUGAUGUUUAUUUAUCUUACCUACAUAGUGUGUUCCAAAAAGUUGAGUACAAAUGGAAAAGUUUCUUAUUAACAAUUUAAAAAACGAACUUAUGACACAGAGUUAUGGACAUUAAAUAAAAAAAAUCAUUUUGCUCACUGAUUACUUAACAUGCCAAUACCUCUGAUGAUGAUUAAAACUGCUCACACGGUUACGAGGAAAAAUCUUCACAAAUUAAGACCUCAAAGACACUAAACAAAAAUUUAAAUUGAACAGAAAAUAUCAGAUAGUUCUAACAAAUUUGGGGCUAAAACAGGGAGUUACUUUACCUACUUCGUUGCUCAAAAUAAGGCUUGAAUAUAUGUAAGAAGAAGAGGAAUGGGCACAACGGAAACAAUAAGAACAAAAA